AGCAAACUUCGGUUUCGUUCGGCGAGAGAAGACGAAAGGACAAUCUUGACAAAUCGGACUCGAUAUUUUUUACAUUCGUUCACGAUUUCCAAAGAGAAUCGAUUACAUUUACGAAGCUUGCAAGUCGAGAGCUUCCAAAAUUCUAACUAAUUGUGUUACCAAGUUUUUAAAACCAUAAAUCGGUAAAUCAAUUUGCAUCGUCCUGCAAAUUUCGGAGACUCGUUUGUGGUAAAUGAAAAUCAAAUAUUCUUACUACAAAAACAAAUACUGGAUAGAUUUUAAAUAAAUCAAGAAAAUGGUCGCGACUCCCGAGGAGGCGACAAUGAUCCAGGGCGGUAAAGUUGAAAGGAGAGUUCAAAACUUCGACGAUGUUCUCCCUUAUGUCGGAGGUGCUGGAUGUUAUCAGUGGAUUCUAUUUUUUCUACUUCUACCGUUUGCCUUUGGCUACGCUUUUCUCUACUUCACUCAAUAUUUCAUCACCCUCACACCAGAUCAACAUUGGUGCACGGUACCCGAAUUGGAAGGAUGGAAUUUGACCGAUCGGGAAAAAAUUGCCUUUUCCAUUCCGAUUGUCAGCACGACGGUUAAUGAAUCGGUAAAGGAUAGUGUCGAGACUUAUUCAAGAUGCAACAUGUACAAUGUAAACUUCACAGAAUUACUGAGUAAUGGAAUCAAGGAGCCGAAUCGAUCUUGGCCAAAAACCCCGUGCCUCCAUGGAUGGACAUUUAAUUUCAGCACCAUUCCUUACGCGUCACUUGCAGCAGAGCUCGAGUGGGUAUGUAACAAAACGUAUUACUCUUCGCUGGCUCAAUCGACCUUCUACGUUGGCAGUAUCAUCGGUGGAUUCAUUUUCGGUUACAUAGCCGAUAAUCAUGGACGAAUGCCUGCUUUAGUCAUCUGCAACAUGGUUGGUUGUGCUGCUGCGAUUGCCACAUCGUUUUGUAACAAUUUCUGGUCGUUUUGUCUCUGCCGGUUCCUGGCAGGAACUGCGUUUGACAACUGCUUCAACAUGAUGUUCAUCAUUCUGAUCGAGUACGUUGAUCUGCAGCAUCGAACCUUCAUGGCAAACGCAUCCUUUGGUCUGUAUUUUUCUUGCUCCGCCGGCGUUUUACCGUGGCUUGCAUACUACAUUGCUGAUUGGCGAAUUCUCAGUGGGGUUACGGCGAUACCAUUGAUGGCGGCGCUUUUUGCACCCUGGAUAGUGCCUGAAAGUGCCAGAUGGUACAUCUCGAGCGGUAAGAUUCCGAAAGCUGUGAAGACUUUGAAGAAAAUUGCAAAGAUCAACGGUAAGACCGUGGACAACGAAAUCUACAAGGAAUUCGAGGAGAGCUGUAACGAGAUCAUAAAGAACGACAAGUCACAUGACAACUACACUGUUAUGGAUCUUUUCAAAAAGCCUCGCCUUGCCUUUAUCACAGUCAUGCUUAACAUAUACUGGCUUCUCAUUCUUUUCGUGUAUGACGGUCAUGUUUGGAACAUGAAACUGUUGGAUCCGGAUGUUUUCACGUCGUUCUCCUUGGGUGCUUUGACGGAAUUGCCAGCUGCCUUAAUACUGGUACUUUACCUCGAUAAAUGGGGUCGCCGAUGGAUGAGUUUUCUCUCUAUGUUCGUCUGUGCAAUAUUUUCUUUCAUUGCCUUGGCCGUGCCUACAGGUGCUACCGCAGUUGCAAUGGGAAUAAUUGCGCGCUUUGGGGUGAACUUAGCUGGGAAUAUUGGAUUUCAGUAUGCCGCAGAAAUGUUGCCCACGGUUGUCAGGGCGCAGGGUGUAUCCCUGAUUCACACUCUCGGAUACAUUGCCCAUAUUAUCGGACCUUACAUCGUUUAUUUGGAUGACGUAUCUCCGUACCUACCAUUGACGGUACUUGGACUGCUUUCCCUUGUUGUGGCUGUGCAAUCUUUAUUUCUGCCCGAAACGUUGGGCCAAGAUUUACCGCAGACGUUGCAGGAUGGAAAUGACUUCGGUAUUGAACAGAACUUUUGGUGGAUGCCAUGCAUAUCAAGCACUUCCGAAAGGAAGAAAAAAUUCCGGAAACUGUCACCUACAAAUGUGCUACCGUAACGGAUCAGCAGCCUCGACCGGUUGGAUCGAAAGAAUUAUAACAGUAUGCAAAGCCAAAGCGUUAUAAAAUGUAAA